UAUCGGGGAUGGCGGUCGCAGGUGAGAUCACAGGUUAUUCUUCAGGAAAGAUAUUUUCCAGAAAUGAAAAAUGUUGUUUAGAAGCAUGGAAAUAAUAAGUGCCUGGAGUGCAAUAAAAGAUGCAAAUGAAAAAGUAUUACCCAGUUGUAUCAGUGCGAGAUGUCGAACUGUGUAUCCUAUAAAGUGUAAAGAUGAUGUGGAAAGAUUAUUUUUCUUCUGAUUUAUUAUAUGCAUUAUUGUUUUUGUUGUAACUUGUAUAGUCCAGUAUGCAAAAUAAAAGUACUCAGAGAACCAGACCAAAAAAGGUUAGUCGUGUAUAUUCUUCAAGGCCCAGGAGAUCAGGAUCCCAAGAACAAGUAGAAAAUAGUGAAAAGGACUCGCAGCAUAAUGAUGAUACCUGUGCUAAGGCUUCCUCAGGCAGUAAUAUAGAUUUGCCAACCAGAAGUGUAGAUGCAGCUGUGACUAGCCUUACACAGUCCUUCUCAUUUGACCCAGAAGUAGGGAUAUCAGGCACACCAGAAAAUGACCUCAACAGAGCAGAAGAGAAUUUGUCUUCAGUAUUUAAUUUAUGCAACACAGAAUUUGCUCCCAGAGAAGAUCCGAGAUAUGUCACAUUGUCAGAGAAUCCCAAGAAUGCUACUACACAAACAUUCCUUGCAAGUGUACAGUUGUUGGCUGAAGGUAAAAAUGAAACAGAAUGCAGAGAAAUAGUAUCAGGGAAUAACUAUGCUCCUAGCAGUUCAAGAAAAAUACCACAAAAAACAGAUGAAUUCCCAGAUCAUAGUAACAGUGGCUCAGAACUUGCAACAGAUCCAUUGCAAAUACAAAUAUCAGGAAAAAACAGGAAAAUAGUUUCUUCCAAUGACAAUGUUAUACACUAUGUGCAGCGAGGAAGUAUACAUGCAGGAAGUGUUAGGAAUGUUGAUAAGUUAAAAAGACCUCAGUACCAGGUAUCGGGGUUUAUGGAAGAUCACGCAGAGUUUGCUUCAGAUUGGCGGGAGGCAACUCAGAGACAAGGAAGACGAUACACCCCGUCUGUGCUAGAGUCAACAGUGGAUGGAAGUGUUGUGAAAGGAGCACGGAGACCAUAUGGAUCAAGAGUUACUCCUACAGAACUUGACAGCUUCAUCGACAUGGCUAUACAGAUUGGUAGUGAUGAGAAAGAUCCCCUUAUUUCAUUAGAUGAGUGGGGCCUAAAGACUGAACAACACAAAUACAAGUGUUCUGCAUGUAAGGCGGUGAGCAAGACACGCUUGGAUAUUGAACAACACAUUGCGGAUAUGCAGAAAGACCAUGAAAAAGCAGUAGUGGUGGUGCUGAUGGGCCCAGAGGCACGAGGAAGAAGCUGCCCCAUCUGCAAUGAGAUAUUUCAGCGGACUCAUUUGUUUAAGCAUAUUAGGGAGUCCCACAACACUUUCUUUCCCUUGCGCUGUGGGUACUGUGUAUUCAUGGGGCAGGAUCACAAUCAACUGCGUCAUCACAUUCGCAAGAAGCAUGGCACAUCCAAAUAUCGAAUCAUCGAUGUUUCCCUCAUCCUCGCUGAAAGUGAUGGAUUAGGUGAGAAAGCUUUACUGGAAGAUGAGGACCAGAGUGAUGAGGACAUCAGAGAAGAUUCAGCACCUCAGGGGAAUAUGCUCUGUCCUCUCUGUGAACUUGCGGAAUUUGAAGAAGCACGUGGCCCAACACAGCCGUCAGAAGCAACAGUGCAUGCUCUGCCCCUUCACGACAACUUUCCCAACACAAGUUCGCAGCCAUUUUCGACGCAAGCACCCAACACAUUCUCCCAAAUGGCAAAAGGUGACAUUAGAGAAAGGUGGCAGUGAUGCCCUGGUGGAAGAUGUUGGCCCAUACUUGCGUCUCAUCACCAGAAAGUAUGGAGUGCGUCAGCCAAAGAAAGAGAAGAAAUGGAUGCGGCAAUAUAGGUGUCCUCACUGUGAUUAUAUCUGCAGUUUCAAUUCCUCAUACAACCGUCACCUGCGUCUACACAAAGGUGUCAAGCCAUAUAAGUGUGGAUACUGUGAUUUCCAUGGCAGAGAAGCCUAUGUUGUGAGGAAGCACUGUUCAAAAGUGCAUAAGGGUAAAGAGGUGCUUGUUGAGAAUGACAAGAACUUCAAAGCUCCAUAUCGCUUUGAAUCAAGAACCAAAAUAGAAAAUUAUGAGUGGAUAUCAUGUCUAGGUAAUGAAGGAAUAAAGAACAAUGUCAAUCAGGAAAAUGAGUCCUGUCAAGUUAGCAAAUGCAGUGACAAAGAGCCUGCAGAAGCAAGGACUUUCAGCACGAGUGCAGUGACAGCUCAGCCUGCAGUUGAUUGCUCAGAUGAAAAGGUGUUAAUAGCUGGUUCUUCGGCUUCAUUUGCCCAAAAAUUUGAAUGUUUGACAAUUAAAACCCUCAGUGUUACGGCAGAAGAUCAGGUUGUGAACACUUUGCAUGAUCAGCAACAAGAAAGACAAAUGAAAAAUGGUGAACUUCAGCAAAUGUCAGAGGCUGCUGUUUCUUCAUGUGGACAAAGUGGACCAUUAGUAGGACAAGGUGUGGGACCAAAUUUAAAGAGAACUGCAAAUCUUAGAAAUCAGAUGGAGAAAGUAGUCACAGAUACACUUGAGUGUGAAGAGUCCAGUUCAGUGAAAAAGUUGAAUUAUGAAGUUGCUGCAAUCACAGAUCCAUCACUUCAGCCCAACAGUGCUGAAUCCUCAAAUCUUGAACUUCAUAAUUUCAGACCAAAUUUUGAACUUCAACCUGAAAAUCAAUCUGUAAAGGUUAAAACAUUCAAAGUCAAACAUGCACCCCAAAGCAAAUGUGUGAAUGUGAACGAGAUUUGGACAGAUGCUAAAAAAUUACCCAGUACAGUAUUAGAAUCUGAGAUUAGUAACACAGAUGUAGAUAGAGUAGAGACUAGUCUAGAUUCUACAAAGUGUGAACCCUCAUUUUGUUCCAUUAGCUCUGUUCCAUUAGACUGUGAAGAAGGUAGUGAUAAAACUGUUGUUAUUGAGUUAAGCGCAACUGAUUAUGAAGGCUUUACUGUCAAGGAAGUUUCUGGAUUUAAAAAGCUGGAAAAGCUAAGCCACAAAAAUUCUGAAGAGCCUGUUUCUUUAUACAUAGAUACAAAAAGAGUGAAUAAAACACAUCACUCUUUAAAUUUGGAGUCUGAAAAUAAAGCAGAUGCAUCUUCUCUCUCAAAAGACUUCAGUAUUAGUGAACCCACAACCACAAAAAAAAAUGUAAGCAAACUCAUUACACCAGAAGCUACCAAAAUUGGAAAUUCGGAGGCUAAUCCAUCAAACGGCUUAGAGAACACACUUCAUACUCACAUUGCCUUCCUCACAGACUCUCUUGUACAGCGCCUCAGCAGCCCAAUAUCAGCCACUCCAGGUGUCAUGACAAGAGACUUGCUUGGACUGGACUACAGCAAUAGUGACUACUUUAGCUCAGAGAAAGUACGGCUCAUGAUGAAGAAAAAGAGUGGAGGAAGAGUCAAGUGCAGUGUAUGUGGGGUGACUACAACUUAUCGGGCAUUUUACAAGCAUGCUAAAAAGCAUUUUCACAUUAAGCCCUUCAAGUGUGGCUAUUGCUCAUACAGAUCAAUUGAGAAGAGCAGGAUUCGAGUGCACAAUACUUUUUGCCACCCAAGUCGACCUUGUAUCAUUCUUAAGUUGUCACCAGAAACUGCUGGGAUGACCACAGAUGGAAUGCAACAGACUUCUGGGAAGAUGGGCGAGCCUGAUGCUGGUAGACCCCCAAACAGAACAAAUAAAGUAGAUGAUGAAACCUUCAUAACAUUUCCUGAUGCUGGAGGUUCUGUCAGAGACAGCAACAACACUAAUAUUUGCAAUAAAAUAUUACCAUCCAAUAGCAAUUCUUGUGAGUCCCAGGUCACCAUUAACAAAAAGGUGGCUGAUAAAAUAGUGAACCACCAUUCCCCUUCAACUACCUCAACUGUGGUGUCUAAUUUGUCUGCUGGGCCCUCAACAUUCCAUUGUCCCAUUUGUUACAAGCAACUGCAGAUUCACACACCAUCAAUAAGAAGGCACUUGUACAGUCAUUAUGGUUACAAACCUUACAAAUGUGGUUACUGUAACUUCACUGCCAUCGGCCAAAAUGAGAUCCGUGCACAUCAUGUCACUCAUGGCUUUGCCACAGUGCCCAAGGUGGAGUCUUCUGGCCUCACCAUGCCAGCUGGCCUCACCUCUUACGUGAAUGAACUCCUAGGGCAGCAGCGAGGGAGCCGCAAGCCCCAGAGGAAGAGAGGGCAGGUUACCGAAAACCAGAUGUUAGAUGAAACCUCAGAAAGUGAAAGGGAACCAACAGAGACCCAGCAGGAGCCAACUGACCUCAUGUGGACGGAGGUGGCCUCAAAAGAAGAGUUGGCCACCAUUUACUUUACACCCCAAGAGCAACCCCAGCAGGCUCUAGUUCCUACUCCCAGUAGUGAGCCACAGGAGGGUCUAGAUCUUCCUGUCGAAACAGGGCCCCUGACACAGCCACUUGAGCCUGUGGAUCUAUAUUCUGAGGCAGCAUAUGCUGUACAGGUUCUUGAAUCUGGGCAGAAUCCAGGACCUGGCACUAGUCCCCCUCCACAGCUUGAUGUUGGAGGUAAUUCCUAUUCACAGUUUGAUUCAGACCAAGUGUGUGUUGUUUAUCUGAUUGAUUAGGUACUCAGCAAGAACUGUUAAAGGAUCUCCAUGUUAUUUAAAAUUCCACAGAUGGGCAAAAUCUGUCUUUUCCAACAGAUGAUCCAAGAAAUUAAAAAUUGAAAUGAGUAGGAUUGUAAAUGCAUUAAGCAAUGGGAAAAUUAUACUUUAUUGAAUUCUUUGAGUUGUCAUGAAUACCUGAUAUUAUUUUUCUUUGAGUUAUCAACCCAUCAAAAAACAGUUUUUAUGUUUUUCCUUUUUCUUCUUUUAAAAAAUGUUGGUGAUUUUACAGGCCACGAUACACAUUCAGAAAAAUCUUUUAAAGCAAAGUUGAAUUUGCUUUUUUUUUUUCUAUAUCUGAAGGUUUCUGGAGAAUGAUUGCAUUACAAAAGUAAUAAAAUUAAUGCAUAUGUAGAGACAUGCAUAAUAUAUGCAUUUGGUAAUGCAUUUAUUGCCAUAUAGUAUGUGUCCCUUUCUCACUAUAUCUUAUAAUUUAUUCCUAUCCCUUGGGAUUCCCUUUGAGUUUAUUUGUUCACUUCUUGUUCUCAGUUUGUUUCACCUCUUUAAAUGACAUUUCAUACAAUAUGACAUCAGUCUGCAAUCUUCUCGUCUUUUCUCAUCUAGUUGUGGUCAUUUAUAUUGAUUGUCUAUAAGGAAGAAGAAAUUGGCAACUUACCCCAGACUCAGGAAUACUGCGAUUCACCAGGUCUCGUAUUUUAUUCCAGUGUUUUGCAUCUUUAGAACCUAUAUGCAUUAUUUUAUAUUUUUAUAUUGAAAUUUUCUGCCUCUAAUACCACUUUAUUAUUUGUACCCAAAAGAGACUAUGAAUUAGAGUACUCCAGUGUCUGGGGUGAGUUGCCAGUUUGUUCUCUCCAGAUAUUGGAUGGUAUAGUAUUUAUUCCCUUGGUCCUUGUUUGUAAAUAUUCCUUGUGUUCUAGAUCUGCAAGUGAUUCCAAGCUUAGACCAUCUGCAUAUAUAGCUAAAUAUUCACUUAUUAGAACUAUGAUAGAACUUCCAAAGAUCUUUUCAAAGCAGACUGAAAUAUGUCUUUCCUUUCAGUAGUGAUAUUCUGUAUAUAACUUGUGAAUGAAAGUUAUUAUGUAUGUGAAGAUAUAGACUUAUAACUUUACUGUGACUAGAUUAUUCCAAGUCUAAUUAAUUACCUCAUUACAUUCAGCCAUUGCAGGAUUUGUGAGCAGUCUUUUCUGUAAUUUAGUGAUAUUUUUUACAUGAAUAUUAGUAAGUCAGUAAUUACAUUGAGUGAAGAAAGAUCAACAAAUACUGAUUGAGGCAGAAAAUUAUUAGUAAUAUUUAAUAUAUCCUUUGACUAAAUAUUAGAAUCAAGAGAACCUGACUUAUUCAAACCACAAAAAUUAAAAGAAAACACUUCUGAAAACCAGAAAGACAGAUUUUUGAUG